UCCCGAAGCCUGAAGCAGAAAACAAGAAGAAUUAACAUGGCGCAGAGCAGACAUGCUGUGGAAAAAGAGCAAUCCACCAAGAUCACUGCACUUGUUGUGGACGAUAAUAGGAUCAACCGAACGAUUCACCGCAGGCUUUUGAGCAAUCUUGGCAUAGAAAACGAAGUCGUCGGUAGUGGGAAAGAAGCUGUGGAUGCCCAUUGUUCUGGAAAAAAGUUUGACCUGAUUCUAAUGGACAUGGAGAUGCCUAUCAUGAAUGGCAUUGAGGCAACGAGGAAACUUCGUGAAAUGGGCAAUCGUAGCAUGAUUGCAGGCGUAUCGUCACGCUCAAUGGAAGAAGAUAUACAAGAAUUCAUUGAAGCUGGUCUGGAUGACUACCAAGAGAAGCCCUUGACAAUGUCUAAGCUUAUCUCUCUUAUCCGUAAGAUCAGCCUCAACGGUUAGGAAAAAUGUCCAAAUUAAGAGCAAGCGUUUGCCUUAAACUCCAAAACACACAUCAUCUAAUUUCCAUUA